AUGUCGAAUUCAAUACAUAUUUUUCAAAUUUAUAAAAAAAAUCAAGAAGAAAAAAUUGAAAUAAUGAAUACAACAAUUGAUACUGAUGAUGAUAUUAAUGGAAGUCUUGUUGAUGAUUGGGAAACUUAUAGAGCUUAUACACGAUUUUAUUACAUAACAGAUGAAGUUUUUCAAUAUGCUAACCCAAUAUUAAUUCUUAUUGGUAUUCCAACACAUGCAUUAUCUAUGGUAAUAUUUCUUCGUAAACGUAUGCGUCGUUAUCCGGUGUCUGUAUUUAUGGCAAUGUUAUCAUUAGCAAAUAUUCUUAUUCUGGCUGGUCCAGUAACCAUGCAAUGGCUCAAUCAUAAAGUGUUUAUUGGUUUUGUUGUAACCGGUUCACGAUUUAUAUGUGCAUUUCAUGUUUAUAUUGAUUUAGUUGGUUCAUCAAUUAAUUCUUGGCUUAUAUUAAUGAUUGCUGGUGAACGUUAUUUAUCUGUAACAAAACCAUUUUUAAUUCGAACAAGUUUUAAUCGUCGACAAGCAUGGAUUAUUGUCUUUAGUGUAUUUUUAACUGCACUUAUAUCACCACUUGGUCUUGCUAUAGUUGCAUCAAAAGUUGACGAUUGUCUUUUAUUUUUUUCUAAGACAUAUCAAAUAAUUGGCUCAAUACAAAUUUUUUUUAUUUAUGUUUUACCAUCAAUAUUUAUAUUAACAUUAAGUAUAAUAACAAUACAAAAAUUAAGGAAUCGUAUACGUACAAGUGGAACUAGACGUAUACAUAUUAGUGUUAUGUUAAUUGCUGUUUCAUUUUCAUUUAUAACAUUUACCAUGCCAUAUCAAGUAUGUUGGUAUUGGUUAUUUUCAACUGCAAUUGGUAGUGUAAAAUUAAAUCUGAAAGUUAAUAUAAUUAAUAUUGGUUCUCGUUAUUUAUCAUUAACAAUACGAAAUUUAAAUUAUACAUUAAAUUUCUUUUUAUAUUCUUUAACAUCAACUGUGUUUCUUAAAGAAGUGUUUACAAUAGCACAUUGUAAUUAUUUUCUUAAUGAAACAUUUCUUGGGCGUAAUUCAACAUUUCGUAGUAUAUGUAGUUUUUUUACUGCAUCCGAUGAACAACGUGAACAACAACCAAUAAAUACAUCUACUGAUCGCCGCAAAUCAAAUAAUAAUAAUAAUAAUAAUAAUAAUAAUAAUAAUAAUAAUAAUAACAAUAAUAAUAAUGUGAACAAUCAUAAUUAUCAAAGUUUUUCCAACCAUUUACAUUCAAAUAGAAAUUCUCUUACAAGUGAUAGUGAAAAAUUGACUAAUCAGUUUUUAAAUGGACAUCUUACUUUAGAUACAAAUAAAACAAAUGUAUCAAUUAAUUUAAAACCAUUAACGACAAAGUCUAAACAAAAAAAAUUAAAAUGGAAUUUAAAACCAACAUGUAAAAGUUUAUCAUCAAGUCAUUUAAAUGAUGAUGAUGAUGAUCAACAACAGCAACAACAACAACAGCGGCAGCAGCAGCAACAACAAUCAUCAUCAUCAAAUAUUCAUGAAAUAAAUAAUAAAGUACAUUAA